AACAACGAUAAGAACAACAACAACAGCAACAACAACAACAAACAACUGAAACAUCAACAAAAGUUGAAGAACUCCGUUGAACUCGAAAGAAACAAAACAUCAAGAAAAUGUCUGAGUCGCGCCGACAGUCGGUCAGCUCCAGGGCGAUGCCGCCGGGCGUUCUGGUCAACGAUAGCCGGGCGAACUCCACCGAUGACAUUCAGAUCGCCUUGGCGCCGCACAUCCAGACCUACCUGAGCCAGACAGGCCGACGGCACUCCUGCUGCAGCGUCAUGCUGCCGGUGGCCUUCGAGCGGGCGGCGGCCAAGUCCUGGCUGGACCCCAAGUUCGAUUCCCCGGUCCUCGAGGAGCAGUACCAGGCCAGCGUCUUUCCCCACGUCCGCAUGCGCUACAGGUUCACCCUGAUGUACAUCCUGCUGUGCUCGCUGGCGUGGUGCCUGUACUUUGUGGUGGACGGCGGGUCGGAGGACUUCUGGCGGCCGAUCUCCAGCUCCUUCUCGAUGCUCUCGCUGGUGACGAUAAUGGCGCUGUGCUUCACCCACUGGGACCUGUACAGGGAGCACAGGACGGUGACGUCGGCGAUCACGGCGCUGCUCUUGUGCGGCGCCUCGCUGGCCUUCCUGACCUACACGGGUCGGGCCUUCAGUCCGCUGGGCCACUUUGCCAUCUGCCUGGAGAUCGUCCUGCUGAUCUACACGGCCCUGCCGAUGCCCUUGUGGCUGGGCGCCAGCACGGCGAUCUGCUACUCGAUUGCCUUCGAGAUGGUCUCGCACAUGGUCAUCGGCUGCAGUGCCAUCCAUGGCGGCACCAUGGAGACGCAGAACAACGGGGAUCCGAGCAACAAGAUCCUGAUACUCAGGAUAAUGGCCCAUCUGAGUGUCCAUCUGGUGGGUGUGCAUGUGCUGAUCAUGAAUCUGGUGCGCAUGCGCGGCACCUUCAUGAAGGUGGGCCAGAAUCUGCUCGUGCGCCGCCAACUGGAGAUGGAGAAGCAGCUGAAGGAGAAGAUGAUCCACUCGGUGAUGCCGCCCAAGGUGGCGGAUAUGCUGUUGAACGAGGGCGGUACAUCGGGUCUCGAUUCCGGCGGACUGCCCCCCGAAUCGCAUUAUAUGCGACCGCGCGCCUCGAACGAUGUGAAGUCGCUGUUUCGGCCCUUUCACAUGCACAGCAUGGAGAAUGUGAGCAUCCUGUUUGCGGAUAUCGUCGGGUUCACCCGCAUGUCCUCCACCAAGACGGCCGAGCAGCUGGUGGAGAUCCUGAACGAUCUGUUCGAACGCUUCGACGAUCUCUGCUCGCUGAGUGGCUGCGAGAAGAUCUCGACGCUGGGCGACUGCUACUACUGCGUCUCCGGCUGCCCGGAGCCGCGGGCCGACCAUGCCAUCUGCUGCGUGGAAAUGGGCCUGGGCAUGAUCGACGCCAUGCGCUGCUUCGACGCCCAGCGCCACGAGGGCGUCAAGAUGCGGGUGGGCGUCCACACGGGCACCGUCCUCUGCGGCAUCGUCGGCACGCGACGGGUCAAGUUCGACGUGUGGAGCAACGACGUCAGCCUGGCCAACAAAAUGGAAUCCUCUGGCAAACCGGAGCAGGUGCACAUCUCGCAGGAGACAUCGAGCUUUCUGGGCGACGCCUACUACCUGGAGGAGGGCGAGGAGGUUUUCGGUCAUCGCACUUACUUCGUGGUGGGACGUCGCCGUGACUUCACCCGCACCAACAGUUUGAGUCCCAGCAUGCCGCCGAAUGCCAUCGGCAGCUCCCUCCUCCUCCCGGGCGCCCAUGGAGGAGGAGUGGGCGGAUCCCUUUCCCAGAGCGCCACCAAUGUGUCGGCGGUGCAGCCGAAUGUUCCGCCCGCCUCGCCGGUGGGUCAGCUGUCCAGCUCGCUGAAUCCCUCGCCGGUGCUCUCCAUGCGCCCGCGUCUCACCUCGCUGUCCAUGAAGCUGCGCAAGAAGUCGCAGAGUCGCGGGGGGGAUGUGGAGCGGGGCAUCCAUCAUCCGGCGGCGGCGGGCAUUCCGCCGGUGAUUGUGGUCAGGGAGCGGCCCAAGAUCAUCAUCACCACCAAAUCGCUGCCGGGCAGCCUGGAUUCGGAUGAACAGCCGCCAGCUAGUCCGCCUCCUGCUCCUCCAAAUCCUCCUCCCAAGAUCAAGCUAAAGGUGUGGAAAGUGCCGCGAUUUCUCAAGCGGGGCAGCGGCACCAGCUCCUCCAGUCAUCAGGUGGAGAGGGAAAGGGAGCAAGAGGAACUGCAUCCCGAGGAGACGCUGGCCUUCAUGGAGAAUCAGAUGGUAAAUGGCAAUGGCUACCAUCGCGGACCCGUGGUGACCCAAACUUUGGAUUUACCAGCACCCCAGGCGGCCGCCCGUCCAGUGCUCCAUCAUGCGGCCACCUCGACUGCCUUGGCCAGCAGUGUGCUCCGCUCACCAGAAACUGCAGGAGGAGGAGGAGGAGGCUGCUGCUCACCUGGUUCACCCUACUCCAUGUACGACGACAUCAUCGAUGUGCGAUCCUACAUCAGUCAAUCGAGGAGUGAUAUCUCACCAUUCGGGAGAUCAGGCAGCUAUAGAUCGCAGUGUGGCAGGCAAUCCAAUGGAGGAGGAGGAGGAGGAGGAGGAGGAGGAGGAGCACCUGGCACCUCCACCUCCCGCGAGGCACCUCCCCAAGUAGAGCAAUCUCCUUUGCCCCGGCCACGUGCCUCCACCUUGGCCACCGGAAGACCCACAGCGAAUAGUUUAGAGCCUGGCAGCAGCUCCUCUGCCUGUCUCCCGGCUCCUGGCAACUCCAUGCUGCCCAGCCACUCGCGGCAGUCCAGCAUCUGCCCAUCGGCCACGUCACGCAAGGAUUCGGGAAUCAAGAGCAAUUCGAGGAGAUCCUCCAUUCAACAGCAGAUCUAUGCACUCAACCAGUCGGCGAUUAGUCAGCAUCGCGUGUCGGGUUACUUUACCAGCUCCACCUCGAGCAUCUCGAAUCUGGGGGAGAUUGGUUUGCCGGGAGGAGGAGCGGGACAGCAGCAACCAGCUCCUGCCCUCCUCAUCCCCGCCUGCUCCUCCCAGAUGGCGGAUCCUUUGGCCGCCUGCCUGCAGCAGCUGAGGAAGCAAUCGGAUCUGCAGCUCAUCCGUUGCGUGAGGGAUAAUGCCAGGUCGCAGAGAAGCUAUCUGGUGAAGCCGCCACUACGCAGAUUUAGUUUGUACUUCAAGUCGCGGCAGUUGGAGCGAGAUUUCCGUUCGAAGGCCCAUCGAUUUGGUGCCGAGAACGAGACGGAAGGACCUCCAACUUUAGCUACUCCGAGGUACAACACCUACAUUGACAUCUUUGUGGGCAUUGCCGUUUAUUUGUGCAUCUCGGUGUCGCUCUUCCUGAUGACCCAGAACACGGUGACCCCGAGCUUUCGCCUGUGGGUGACCCUGUUCUCCUGCUUUACGGCCAUUCAGGUGUUUGCUUUGUUUCUGUUUACCCGCCAAAUGUGUCGUCGUCGUGGUGGUGGUCAGAAUGAAGGUCAUCGCAAGUCGCAGAUUAGCGAGGAUUUGGAGAGGGAUGGGAGAGGUAUUAGAGGAGGAUCCUCCUGCGCGGAUCGCAUCUUCGAGGCCAUCUCCAGCUGGUAUCCCUGGCACAUUUGCCUCGCCAUCCUGAUGGCCAUGCCCGUGCUCCUGAUUAUCGCAAAUUUUCUACUCCUCGAUCUCGAACAACUGGAGGCCUUUGAGUAUCACUACGGCUUCCUGAUCUUCGUGUGCAUCGUGCACUUUUGCAACUUCACCCAGCUGAAUUGCUGGGUGCGGAAUGUCCUGGCCUUUCUGGCGGCCCUCUGUUUCAUAGGAAUAGCCGUGUCGCAGCUGAUGGUUUAUAGUCACAAUCGAAGUGAACAGGAGGAGGAGGAUCAGGAGACCGGUUCGAACUUCAUACAGGAGAUCAAGUGGUUCCAGGACUACCAUGUCGAAAUCUAUCUGGAUCUGCUGCUCAUCCUGGUGCUGGUGUGGCUGCUCAAUCGCGAGUUCGAGAUCGGCUAUCGGCUGACCUUCUACGGCAAUGCGGUGGCCAAUCAGGAUAAGGUUCGUGUGCAGAACAUGAAGAAUCAGGCGGAUAUGCUCCUGCACAACAUAAUACCCAAACAUGUGGCGGAGCAUUUGAAAAAUACCGCUAAAUAUUCGGAGAAUCAUCAUAAUAUCGCCAUCAUAUUCGCCUCCAUUGUGAACUUCAAUGAGAUGUACGAUGAGAGCUAUCUGGGUGGCAAGGAGUUUUUGAGAGUCCUGAACGAACUAAUUGGCGACUUUGAUGAGCUGCUCUCGCGUCCUGAGUUUCGGGCGGUGGAAAAGAUCAAGACAAUUGGUUCCACCUUCAUGGCGGCCAGUGGCCUGGAUCCCUCGCAUCGCGGCUCGGGGGAUGAGCACAUACACACGCUGAUGGAGUUCUCGAUAGCCAUGCAAGAGGUGGUGGAUGCGUUCAACAAGGAUCUGCUCGAGUUCAAUCUCAUCCUGCGGAUUGGCAUGAAUAUCGGGGAUGUUACGGCUGGAGUUAUAGGCACCAGUAAGCUGUACUACGACAUCUGGGGCGAUGCUGUGAAUGUGGCUUCGCGGAUGGAUUCUACGGGACUCCCGAAUCGCAUCCAGGUGGGCAAGGAUUGCCUGCAGUUUCUCCAGCAGCGCUACGAGUUCGAACCCCGGGGCAGUGUCUAUGUGAAGGGCAAGGAUCAUAUGGAGGUGUAUCUGUACACGGGACGCAGGGAGAAGCCGCUGGAGGAUGUAGUUCUUAAUCCAGGUGAUAAUGGUAAGGAGUACCAGGAGCAGGAUGAGCUUGGUUUGGAGCAGGAGCAGGAUCAGGAUGAGGAGGAGGAGGAGGAAGACGAGGAUGAUCUGCAUUCCAGUGAGACCACAACCCUUUUUAAAUCACAGGAAUCGUUGCAGGCGAAUGGUCACACUACCACCACCACCAUCAUCAUUAGCCAUGCCAACAACAACAACCACAGCAACACCAACAACAAUAUAAGCAACACAUCGCCAACAACAACAACCAACAACAACUCAAUGCCAGUGGAAACUUAGGAUCUUAUUUUCGGGCGGUUGAGUUUAUUUAGCACUUGAAAAAUGGUUUCAAAAUUGCAUUUAAUGAAACUCCAGAAUCCAGGCAUUCACAACAAAAAAAACCGGAAAAUACAAAAACCAGGAGUGGGGGCGUAACAGAGAGGGGCGGGGCGGGGCAUCGUGGUUGGAAAAAAAAAAACUUAAAACUCCAACUGCGAUUCUUUUGUGAUAUAAUUGAAUAUGAAUAGAUAGAAAACGUUAGAAAAACGAUAGAAUCGGGUUAAAGUUGCUAGUGAGAUUGGUUGAUUGAUACAUUGAUUGAUUGAUUGAUUGGUUGGCGAAUUAUAAGCAUAAAACGCAGGCCCACGCAAAUAUUCUGCAUAUAUAUUUAUCAAUGUGUGUAUGUAUUUAAUUGUACUAGCCAGUUGAUUCAUCUGAAAACUAGAGCUUGAAAAUUAUCGAUAUUUUCGAUAUUUCAAUUCACAAGCUCUACUGAAAACCAAACGAAAUGCUUUCUUUCAUUUCAACCAAUGUUUUAACAUAUUAUUUUUUUCAAUAGUUCUAACUAAACUAAAUUAAAUUAAAUUAAACUAAUCUAAAACUAAACUAAUGGAAAUACGUGGCUUUAAAUGGUAGUAGCGAAAUAUAGAUGUGGAUUGUGUGUAGAUUCAAUGUACCAUAGAGUUAACCAAUAUAUAUAUAUAUAUAUAGAAACAUAAGUAACUAAAUAACAACAAUUUUUUUUUGAGCCAACGAAUGGAUAUUACCCAUAUGUAUUUGCUGUUGUUCAAUGUUGAUCAAUAUGUGUAUAUAAAUGUAUGUAGCUAAAGUUAAAGGAUUGUCUCACGCAGACUAAGGUCUGAUUGCCAUAUAAAAGGGUUCGGACUGCAGGGGUUAGUUUCCAAAAACGAAAAAAAAGGAAUACAAACAAAAAUAAAAGCUUCAGCUAAAUUAUAAAAUUUUAAAAACCAAUUUUGAUCGAUUUAUCGCCGGAUUUUGACUAUGAUAUUGCAGCAAAUAGGAUUGAAAUUGGUUCAACAACAUGGUUUUUAAAUCUUAAGCGUUAUAAUGCAGCUUUUACAAAAAAAAAAUUCAAACAACCCAAAAGUAUGCACCAAAAUGCUUGCCAUACACACACACACACAAAGACACGCACUCACCCACCAAAAAAAAAGCUUUCACCUCACCCAAACACACACACACACGCACACCCACAACCAGGAAUACACUGAGAGAAUCAUUUUGUAAGUCUUUUUUUUUAUACAGUGCAACUUGGCCACUAUCUAAUGGUAAACUUAAGCAAAACUCUAUUUCCGCAACGAAAAAAUAAAACAAAACAAAAAAAUUAAAUCAAAAUCAGUGAAAAUAUAUAACAAUGUAAACGUGUGUGUGUAUCGAAACCUAUGGACCCUAUUGUAUUUUUAUAUAAACAAAGUAUUUUCUACUAAUUUAUUGAACAAAACUAAAAAGACGUACAUUUUUUUUCUUGUCUUUUUGAAACCUCUAAAUGUACAUACUACAUGAUAUAUGAUCUAUAUAUGAUAUAUAUAUACACAUAUAUAUUUAUAUUUAUAAUUGUAUAUUUUUAUAAAACAAAAGAAACAAAAAAAAAAGGAAAUAAAACACAAAGAGCGAAUGAUAUUUAUGAAAAAGUCUAGAUCCUGUUUACGAUGUGUAGAAAUGUUUAAAUGUUGUUAACGCUGAGAUACAGCCAGCAGCCAUCCAUGGCCAUAACCAAUGUAAAUGGAUCGUGUCCUACGUGUGUUUUAGCAAACGAUUUCAAAGAGUUUAUCGAAAUGUUAUAGGCAAACCUACUAAGCGAGAUGUGUAGAACUAAAAAAAAAAUAAACAAAAGGCAGCAGUCUUAUAUUGUAUGUACUUAAAUGUUCCAUGUGU